AUGGCGAUGAUGUUUAUUGGGUAAGUAACCAGCCAACCGAUUUCCAUUGACUUCUGACAGAGAUUUUAACAGUCAUACAUUAACUUUGAUAACCUGCCCUGUAUCUGUGCUGUAUUUGCAGCGCUGAACGGGGCCUCGUACACAACAUCAUGAACAUCUCAUUCACUAAAGAUUCUGUGUCCUACAACUUCAGGGAUCUGGCUCUGACUGUGUUCAACCUGACCAACCUAACCAGUGCUAAUGACAAAAUGGUCCAAAUAAUAGUCCCAGAGGUAGGGCUGCUGUUAUCUGGGUUUGUGUUUGGGCAUCUUGUCUCAAAUUGAGGUCAGAGAGGUACCCAACCUAUAGAACGUGUAAAUGUCAAAUGUGAAUAUGUGGUCCUCUGUAGCUCAGCUGGUAGAGCACAGCGCUUGUAACGCCAAGGUAGUGGGUUCGAUCCCCGGGACCACCCAUACACAAAAAAAAAUGUAUGCACGCAUGACUGAAAGUCGCUUUGGAUAAAAGCGUCUGCUAAAUGGCAUAUUCUUUUUUUAUUAUUAUUUUUGUAUAUUUUAUGUACAUAUUGUAAUACUCUGACUGCAGAAAGGGACCAGCUAAUGAGAAUGAGUAUAGUAUGUCAGCUAGGUACUUAUUUUCUCGCUAAUCACUGCACUUCACAUGUCACUACUAUUACUGAAGGUAUAGAUACCCAAUAUAGCCAUAGAUUGAAAAAUGUAUGCACUCACUAACUGUAAGUCGCUCUGGAUAAGAGCGUCUGCUAAAUGACUAAAAUGUGAAUGUAAAUGUAAUCCAUGGCUUAAAAUCAUUUAGCUCCUCCCUGAGAACAAACCUUACAUUCCGGAAAUGUGGAUCCCUAUUGAUGCACUCCAGAACAUCCCAGAGGAAGAGCGUAAAGUGGCCGUGGUCACCUAUACAUCACCCAAUCAGUUCUUGGUAGGACUUCUCAUAUUAUGCAUCUAUUCUAUAAUUCAAUUCAAUCAUUCUUCCAAUUCAAUGAAUUUAAAUAAAUGAAGAAUUGUGUGAUUUGAUGGACUAGGCUUUCAUGAAAUCGCGACCCUCAUAAUCUUCCAUGUCAAUAUCACCCUCUUCUAUCCAGUUUAAAGAGGAACUCAUGAGAACCAUAGUCAUGCGGAUAGAGAUGGAGGGCGACAGACGACUUGAGAACUUGAUCACUCCACUGAAGAUGAAGUUCAAGUUGCUUGACCCUAAAAUACCAGUAAAUUGUCAUCAUAAGAUUUAGGAUGUUCCUGUAAUUGACUCCAAAUGUAUUUGGACAGUGACACAUUUUUGGUUGUUUUGGCUCUGUACUCCAGGACUAUGAGUACAGAGUCAAUGACUAUGAGGUUAAAGUGCAGACUGUCAGCUUUAAUUUUCAUCCAUAUUGGGUGAACUGUUUAGAAAUUACAGCCCUUUUUGUACAUAGUCUCUCCAUUUUAGGGGACCAAAGGUAUUGGGACUAAUUAAUUUAUAUGUGUAUUAAAGUAGUCAAAAGUUUAGUAUUUGGUCCCAUAUUCCUAGCACGCAAUGAUUACAUCAAGCUUGUGAAUCUACAAACUUGUUGGAUGCAUUUGUUGUUUGUUUUGGUUGUGUUUCAGAUUACUUUGUGCCCAAUAUAAAUUAAUGUUAAAUAAUGUAUUGUGUCAUUUUGGAGUCACUUUUAUUGUAAAUAACAAUAGAAUAUGUUUCUAAACACUUUAACACAUUAAUGUGGAUGCUACCAUGAUUACGGAAAGUCCUGAAUGAAUCGUGAAUAACGAUGAGUGAGAAAGUUACAGAUGCACAAAUAUAAUUCCCCCACAAAAAUGCUAACCUCCCCUGUUAUUGUAAUGGUGAGAGUUUAUCAUGUCUUGGGGGUAUGAUAUUUGUACAUCUGUAACUUUCUCACUCAUCAUUAUUAUUAUUAUAAACGGUUCACCCGAUAUGGAUGAAAAUACCCUCAAAUUAAAGCGUACAGAGCCAAAACAACAAAACAUGUAUCACUGUCCCAAUACUUUUGGAGCUCACUGUAGUUCAUAGUUGAUUAUAUUAUUGCAUUUGUGUAUCUUACAGUUGCAGUUGUUUUUUUCUACAGGUGAAUUACAGCCUGUCAUGUAAAUAUUUCAAUGAAUAUGGUGUGUAUAUUUCUGUUACAGUAUGUAGGCCUACAGUAACUAUGUUAGCAUAAAACUACAGUCCUUUACAUACCACAGUCCUUUGCAGAACAUUUUGUUGUUGUCUCAUAUGGCAAUAUAAGCUGUACACAUACUGACUGCAUUUGUGAAUGACUAGAAAUUGUACUCUCUUCCAAAAAGGGAACAUAAACCUCCCUGACACUGUCUUUUGGAAAACGGAUGGAUGUGUUACUAAGAUCAACAACAGUGUGAUCAACAACAGUGUGGUGGAGUGUAUCUGUAACCAUGCUACUCCAUUUGCCGUGCUACUGGUGAUCAAUUUAUAUCAAUCUAUUUACCUAUCCACAUCAUUCUAUCGUAAAUGUAAUCUGGUGAUAGUCGUCAUGCUUUAUCCAUUCUUACCCCCUCCAGACCGCUGACCUAUCUAUUGACAGUGUGCACUGGCAGGUCUUGUCUUACAUCAGCUAUAUUGGCUGUGGCUUGUCUGCCUUCUUCACCGCCAUAUCGCUCCUCACCUACGUCAUUACCGCGUAUGUGACCCCACCUCACCCAAAUGUUGUGUGCCCUCUUUUCCCUUCUUUCUCAAUAUUCAAUUGUAUCUCUUCAGUUGUAUGUUUUAUCCCAUGUCUAUUUAAGCAUUAUCCCUGCGUCUGUAUAUGACUGCACCCAUAUUAGUCUAUCUAUCCACCCUGUUAUAUCAGUUGUCUGAUACUAUUGUACCCUUACUUUAGGAAGUCCAGGGUGGACAACGCCAACAGCAUCCACGUGUCACUGAGCGGGGCUUUGUUCCUGCUCAACACCUCCUUCCUGCUCAACGAGUGGGGGGCCAGUCUGGGCAUCGGAGGCAUGUGUAUCUUCAUUGCGGCGGCCAUUCACUACAGCCUCCUCUGCUGUUUCACCUGGAUGGCCAUUGAAGCUGUCCACCUGUAUCUCCUCCUGGUCAAGGUGUUCAACACUUACUACCGACACUAUAUGGCCAAGCUGUCUGUCAUUGGCUGGGGUAAAUGAAUCAGUUAUAAACAUGCUCAUUCAGGUGCGAGCGACAGUGAAACAAGAUAUUGCGUACAUGCAACCGUGGUCAGAAAUGUGAAUACACUCAUCCUGUGUGUGCACUGUUCAGGAGUCCCUGGUAUCAUUGUGGGAGUUUCAUUGGCAGUCAAGGAUAUCAAACCAUUAUAUGGACCUACAAAAAUGACUAUGGCAGACACUAACCAAACAAAUACAAUGUGAGUAAAUGUUAUCUUUCUCUUUUUGAAUGUUCACUUUAUAUCAAUACAAUUUCAGCGGUGGCCUAAUGUACAGUUGUAUAUUUAUGUUCCUAUUCAACGAUCUAUUUGGAGAUCAAUAGGUGAAUAUUAAGGACAAGGUGAUUAUGUGUUUGGUAAAGACCAGAUGCAGUUUGUCCAAUAGAAUCACUGUUUAAUCACUAUGUCACUGCAUUUUAACCAACACUCUCUCCCCACCCCAGCUGCUGGAUCAUGGACAUCCCCUUCUUCUACACUAUGAACCUGGCCUACUUCACCCUCAUCUUUGUCCUUAACUCUGGCAUUCUGUUAACGGUGACCACCCGGAUCUGCCAGCUGCAGCGCUAUGGCAGUAAGGGCAAGCCUGGGAAGGCAAGCCUGGCCUGGAAGGACAUCUGCACCGUCCUGGGUCUGACCUGCCUGCUGGGCAUCACCUGGGGCCUGGCCUUCCUCAGCUACGGCUAUGUCAACCUUCCCAUCCUCUACCUGUUCAGCAUCUUCAACUCCCUCCAAGGUGACCCAGGGAACAUCACGAAAGACAGGGACAGACAGAAAGAGAUAGUAAAGCUGAUGUAGAGGGGUGGAAGGGAAGAGAGUGGAGAUAAAAUAAGAUUAUGUACAAAGGGAGAGGAGUCUCAGGUAGAGAAAAGGAGGGCGUGUGAUGUUUAGGAUUCUCAAUCACACUAACUCUAAUCAGCCCCAUGAUCUUGAAUAGUUUGAAAGCACCUGUUAUUGAGCACCUAUGUGGGUGCAGUUUGGGUGAUGAUCUGUCUGUGUUUCUCUCUCUAAGGAUUCUUUAUAUUCCUAUGGAUCUGUGGCACUGCCGGGAAAGACAGGGAGCGGGCGGCGAACACCAAGAGCACAUCAGCAGCUCUGAACACCUCUACAGCCAAACCCAAGGAGGAGAUGUUCCCUGGCGACAUCUCCUACCAGUAA